AUACCACCCCCCACUUAAUUCUUUCUAUCCUAUUACCCUCGACGUUGCGGGACAACGUCAUUUUACCUUCAUUAAUUUUUUGGAACUGGUUUCUCAUUUAAUUAUCCUUUUAUCAAUGAACCCUUGCUACCAUUGCGAGAAAACCUUUGUCCGCAGAGGUGAUCUAACGCGUCAUAUGAGUUUACAUACCGGCUACAGACCCCAUGUAUGCGAAACAUGUGGUAAAGGUUUCUCUCAGCGUUCUGGUCUCAAGACACACUGGAAUGUGCACACGAAAGAAAAACCGUAUGUCUGUGGCAUAGGCACAUGUCGGAAAGCUUUUGGUGAUCCAUCGUCUUGCACUCGACAUCGCAAAGAGACACACCGAAGCGAAGGAGCAUAUCAGUGCAUACAUCCUAGAUGCGCUACCAAGAUUAAACGUCGCUCUGCGUUCACAGCGCAUUUAAAGAAGCAUGGAAUCGAUCCAGCCAUUGUAGAUGCUAUGGAUGGGAUAGGUCCCUCGAAGCCAUCUCUUCACCAUGAAGUUGAGGCCCGAUCAUCACGCCCUCAUGGCACGGUUCCGUAUCAACAUUCUCCAGAGACAUACAAUAUCACCCGGACCGAUGGUCCCAUGAUGCAUCGAGUUGUCACUCCGUCUAUUCGCCCUGGAGGCGGUCCUGUUCAAGAUUUUGCAUUUCUGUCGGCCACCCCAACUAUCCCUCAGGGAACCCAUGCUUUUGGUACCGAACAAUGUAUGAGCACAUAUAGCCCCAGCCCAUCUCUCUCAUCCUCUCCGUCGUCGUCCCCAUCCUCGUCUGGUUCUUCUUCUUCUUCUUCCUCGCCUCAGCCGUCAUCAACAAUGUCGUCACCACAUUCAUUACCUAUGAGUUUCACGGGAACACGCAAUAGCCCUGAUACUCCUUACACCCCUCCUAAUAAAAUGUCUGACCUCCCUUCACGCCCUCCUUCUGUAUACCCCUCUCCUUAUCUGCAAUCGACGGCGUCGACGUAUAGCCCUCUUUCUACACAAGUGUGUGGAGGACCAAGUCCCGAACACUUCGCCUACACACCACAGCGAUGGUUUUCUUGGCCGAAUGACGUCAAUUAUUCCUCUCCGUCAUCUGAUGCUUAAGAUGUAUACAUACGCCGUGGACUUUCUACCGCAUGAUUAUACCUUUCUGGACAGAGACUUUAGACUAACUUUCUUUCUCCUUGCCAAACACUAAAGUUUGACAUAAAUUAAAUAUCAUUUAUCCCUGUAGCGUUGGUGAUUUUCUUUCUCUCUUUAAUGCCGUGUAUUAUAGAUACACAAUAGUCCUUUCAUAUGUAUACCCGUAAUAAUCUGACUGUAUAAUUUUUGUACCGUACUACAGUGUAUAUAGCACACGAUUUUCAAUU